CUCGAAGCACGCUGCAUUGCAAUAUGCUCCUCACGCGACGUGACCUUCGGAUGGUGUUAUCUUUGGGUUGAAGCUUGAUGACUUGGUUUCUCAUGUAAUGAGGCAAUGAUUCCUCUCUCUACGUUCGUUUUCUACACCAAUUAAGCUGGUCAAAUCGAUUCUCUCCAGAGAGGCUUCCCUCCCUGCCUUCCAUACGUCAGCAGCAUGUCGAGUCUCUAUACAACCGGGCCAGUCAGGGCCUCUGAUUCGCAAAGAACCUUGUCAUAUGAUAAAGAAAGCGCUUUCAAAUACACAACAGAGGGUGAUGUUGAGACAGACAGUGAGGGUUCUGCAGACCAUUCUCAAGCAGCUUGUCGCGCGGAGGAGACACUAGAAGUAGAGGAGGUCGACGAGUCGGUCAAAGAGGACAUGAAGAGACUGGAGGAUACUUUCCCCGGUAUCUCAGAUCGCUUUAGGCUUGUGAAUCGGAUUGGAGAAGGUACCUUUUCUACAGUGUACAAGGCCGAAGACCUAUUAUAUAACCACUAUCGAAAUGACUGGGACGCGUUUCAAGAGGCCCAAGAGGACAAUUGGGCUGCCCCCCCUUCGAAGAGGCGAAGGCUCAGUGCAGGAGACAGACAGUCAAUGCCCACGAAACGGAGGCAGCCUCGAUAUGUUGCCGUCAAAAAGAUUUAUGUGACCAGUAGCCCGCUACGCAUUCAGAACGAGUUGGAGCUACUUCACGAUCUCCGGGGCUGCAAAUCAGUGUGCCCUCUGAUCACAGCUUUCCGACAUCAGGAUCAGGUUGUCGCAGUCUUGCCUUACUUCCCACAUAGCGAUUUUCGCAUCCAAUACCGGACAUUCUUAGUCGCAGACAUGCGCCACUACUUUCGUUCUUUAUUCACUGCCCUGGUCUCUGUGCAUAAACACAACAUUCUUCAUCGGGAUAUCAAGCCUACUAACUUCCUAUACAACCCAGAUCUUCGAGAAGGUGUCUUGGUAGACUUUGGUCUUGCAGAGCGCGAGGGCUCUGAAUACACAGGUACCUGUCUCUGCGUCAACCCAUCACAUGUACGGCGGAAUCGAAUCCUCGGGAGCUACUACUCCACAAACUCGACAUCCGUCCUCGCCAACGGGUACCCUAAGAAUGACUCGAGGCCGUCACGACGUGCAAACCGGGCGGGCACCCGUGGUUUCAGAGCCCCCGAAGUCCUUUUCAAAUGCACUUCGCAGACGACCAAGAUCGACAUGUGGUCUGCGGGCGUCAUUCUUCUCACACUGCUCGGACGUCGAUUCCCAUUCUUCAAUUCCGCAGACGAUGUUGACGCGAUGAUCGAGAUGGCGAGCAUCUUCGGUACACAACGCAUGAAGGCAGCUGCGGCGCUACACGGCCAGAUCUUUGAGUCAAACAUCCCUACGAUCGGCGACAAAGGCUACAACUGGGAAAAGCUGAUCAAAUGGGCCAGCUGCGUCGAGGACCUGACGGAGAGCGAGAAACAAGCCACUCGUCUGCUGGCAGGUCUUAUGGAGCUGGACCCCAGCAAGCGGCUGAGUGCUCGUGAGGCCUUGGAGCAUGAAUUCUUCACGAAACCCAAAGACCAUGACGUGGAAUGGGGAGGGAAUCCGGACGAGAGCGCAGGCUCUGGCGACGAAGCCGAUGAGGACGAAGCGGACGAAGUGGCCAUGGUAUGAAACCUCCCCGCAUGAAAGUAAACGAUUGAAAUGAUACCUCGGCAAAAAAGAAAAUAUAACAUUGUUGAAUUCAUAAUUGAUUCUUUCUAAUCAUGACUUUACUUGCGUAUUUUCCGACGACACCCGGCGACG